UCUGUUGACAGAGGCAUGGGGCCGUGGUGGCCGAGGGUACUUGGGUCGGAGUGACCGCUUCCUCCAGGGUGUGGGGUUUGUACACGGGAAGGGGAGCUUCUGAGCCCAGUGGGGCAAGAGCGUGGCCCUGGGAGUGGGGCCUCUGCCUGUGUGCUUCGUCUGGAAGGGCGUGGCCGGCCAGCGUGUGUUUACGCUAGGGUGUAGCCUGCCGGCCUGACUCACCCCACCGAAAGGCUCCUCCCGUCAGCCCGUCUCCUGACCUUCACAGAUGGCCAGAGGGGGUGAGCCGGGGGUCUGCCGCAGAGCAGGUAGUGCUAGGCGCGACAUGCGUCCCUUCAGCAGCCGUGCGUGUUUGGAUCACCAGGCCAGCUUCGCUCUGAGCCCGCCGUGGAGCCCGGGGUGGCUGUAGGCUUCGGCCCCGCCAGUUGUCACAGCGGAAAUGUCUGAAAAGGAGAAUAAUUUCCCGCCGCUGCCCAAGUUCAUCCCUCUGAAGCCCUGCUUCUACCAGAACUUCUCCGACGAGAUACCCAUCGAGCACCAGCUCCUGGUGAAGAAGAUAUACCAGCUGUGGCUGUUCUACUGUGCCACCUUGGGGGUCAACCUCGUCGCCUGCCUGGCCUGGUGGAUCGGUGGCGGCUCGGGAGCCAACUUCGGCCUGGCCCUGGUCUGGCUACUGCUCUUCUCCCCCUGCGGCUACGUGUGCUGGUUCCGGCCUGCGUACAAGGCCUUUCGGGCCGACAGCUCCUUCAACUUCAUGGCGUUCUUCUUCAUCUUCGGAGCCCAGUUCGUCCUGACCGUUAUCCAGGCGAUCGGCCUCUCAGGAUGGGGCGCGUGUGGUUGGCUGGCGGCAGUCGGGUUCUUCCAGACCAAUGUCGGGGCCGCCGUGGUCAUGCUGCUUCCGGCCAUCAUGUUCUCCAUGUCAGCUGCCAUGAUGGCCAUCGCGAUCAUAAAGGUGCACAGGAUCUACCGGGGGGCCGGUGGAAGUUUCCAGAAGGCACAGACAGAGUGGAAUGCGGGCACCUGGCGGAACCCACCGUCUCGGGAGGCUCAGUACAACAACUUCUCGGGGAAUAGUCUGCCCGAGUACCCCACCGUGCCCAGCUACCCGGCUGCUGGCAGCCAGUGGCCUUAGAGGGGCCGACCAGCCCUGCUGCCCGCCCCCGCCGCCCACCUCCCCCGCCCCCGGCCAGAGCAUGGGGCCCACUCGUGUUCAUCUCACCUUCAGGCGUGGAGGUCCAGCCUCUGCUGCCCAGCAGGAGGACGCCUCCCUGGCUGCGAGUCCUGUCUGGUUACCGAAACGCCCACGCCCCCUCCUGUCGAGGUCUCAGAGGGCCGACCACAGGCCUCCCCACGGACAAGGCAGCAGCAGGCCGCCCACCCGCCCUUCCUGCAGAGCUGACGGCCCCGUGUCCGCCCGCUCGCCCUCUGCCUUCUCACCUCGUUCCUGACGGGCUUGCCGUGUGGCCGAGUCGCCCAUGUCCUCGUCCUUCUAAGUCUCUGUUCACCUGCAGCCAGAGGGCUUUUGUGGACCAGCCUCCGGGGUCGUCCAGAGGCUCGUUAGCUGGGCUUCCCUGUCUGCCUGCCCCAUGCGCUCCGUGCUGGGGCCAUUGGCCAGCCUGGCUCCAGCCUUCCUGCCCACAGUGGCUCUCCUCCUGGGGACUUGCAGCAGACCUCUGUCGAGACCUGAAACCGGGGGCAGAAUCCUUCUGGGGGAGGAUGGGGGGCCGUUGGCCUCUCCCCUCCGUGUACAAGCCGAGGAAAGCAGCAGCGCCUGGCAGAGGGCGGGUGGCCCGCACGCUCACCGCCUGCCCCCGGCUGCUCGGAGCCUGUGGCCUCACAGCCCUGUGCUCGAGCUGCAGGAAGCGGGGGAUGGAGUUUCUCAGGAGAACGGCUUUUCGGAAGGAAAGAAGACAGGACAAACCUGUGCCUUAGUGAGGAACCGGAACAAGACUCCACUUUUCUCCCCUCCGAUUGUUCUAGCUCCUUCUGAGACGGAGCAGCCGAAUGAAUGUCCCAUGGGGAUCUCCGCAGCACCCUUGUGAACAGAUGGUCCAAAGGAGUAGUGGCCUCUUCGCCCUUGCUGGCCAGGCUUCCCGGGCGCCCCGAGUGCUGCCCCUCUCCUCCCAGCUGGCUGCCUCGGGGUAGGAUGGGGACCCUCUCCGUCCCACACUGCCGCACCGGGUCGCCGGCCUCUCCAGAAGCCCUAGGACGGCCAGCCUUGUUCUCCACACACGCUUGCUUGCUUGCUUUGGCUACUCGUGCCGAACACCACGUGGUGUCCAAAGGUGGCCGCGGUCCCUGAGAAAGCGCCCGGGUCGGGGUGCCCGAAGGUCAAGGCCUCCUGCGUGGAAAACCCAAGCCUUGGGUCUCCCGGGGAUCCCUUGACUAAGUCCCCAAUUCAGCCUCCGUGAGAGGCACGCAUUGCACUAACCGUGGGGCCGAGUCCCUCCCGAUGGCCGGCUCGCCAGGCGGUAGCCCGUCCUGGAGGACCGUGCGUGCAAACGUGCGGAUUCGCCCCUGCACAGCCCGUGCCCCUGCGGCGCUGGGCACCUUUGUCACGUCACGGCGGGUUUUGUUACGGGGGAGGAUCCUGGGAGUAAAUACUGUAGUCCUGCCUGCACGGCAGAGCCUCUGCGGGGCCGUUUGUGGCUGGCGCGGCGUUGCCCUACCCGGCGCACGGCCCCGGUGGCCUGUCGCCCCUGCGCCCUGCCCCGCACAGGCACCCCCUCAGCCCUGCCCAUCGACCUCCACGGUGUGCUUCCCUCCUGUCCUCCUUUUCAAUCAACUUGGUUUUAUACGCUUAGCUGGUUUUUUGGUUUUGUUUUUAAUUAUUACUUUCUAAUUUUGAGAGAGAGUGUGGCGGGGGGGGGGGGGGAUCCCAAGCAGCCUCCACACUCAGCUCCCCGCCCGAUUCCACGACCCUGGGAUCAUGACCUGAGCCGAAAUCGCCAAGAGUCAGAUACGCGUAACCGACUGAGCCCCCCAGCUGCUUGACUUCUAAUUUGAAAAAGGGAGUUUGCAGAAAAUGAGAAACCAGCGUCACUUGGCAUGAAGGAAAAGUAAUGGUGGAAGUGUCCGGAAUAAAAACAGGAAGAUCUCACGGAAAACCACCUGGAGGGGCCUCCCCAGGGCUCAGCGAGGCAGCCUGUCGGCAGAGUGGACAUCCCACGUGGACACAGGAGGGAGGGCGGAGCCCUGUUCCGCAGGACGCUUUGCCACCACAGGAAGGAAACAAGACCUACAGACAGAAACCAGACAAAGCAAAGCCCCAGGCAAGCAGCGUGGGUUGUGUCGUGUCCUCCCCCCAGAUCCGUAUGUCGAAGUCCUGACCCUCAGACCUCAGAAGGGGACCUUAUUUGGGAAUAGGGUUGUUGCAGGUAUAGUUAGUUGGGGUGAGGUCACGCUGGAGUAGGGUGGGCCCUAAAGCAAUGACUGGCGUCCUUCUAAAAAGGGGACGUUGGGACUCGCUAGCAGGGAGAAGCCCCGCGAAGAUGGGGCCGAGAUGGGGUGAUGCUUCUACAGGCCAAGGGACGCCAAGAUUGCAGUGAUCCCCGCAGCCUUGUGAUGCUUCCUGGGCUAUGUCCUGAGUUGUGAAGAUAAAUGUUUCGGCUGCAGCAGGAAGGCGCCCCGCAGAUAUUAGGGAAACGAAACCAUGAAGAGAUGGGGUGCGCUGUGCUGGGGGGACGCGCCUAUGGACGUGGGACACGGGUUGUGUGGAUGUGCCUUGACUGCAGGUGUCCCUGGGCUGGGUGGGAGAUGGUGUUGGUGACAGGAGGAGGAGGAGGGGACGGCCUAGGAGAUGGACGCCCAGGCCCGGAGGAAGGAGUGCACGUGUCCUCGGCCCCCAGGUGACCUGUAAGGACAGAGGAUGGGGGGGGGGGGGGGGGCGUUGAGAGUGGGACAGUUUGCCUGGGUGGCUGCUGCAGGAGAUCAUGAACUGGGGGCUUAAGCCACAGGCGUCUAUCCUCCCGCCUUCUGGAGGGCAGAGCCUGCAAUCCAGGCGAGGCAGGCGGAAAGGCCCUGGCGGGGAUGAUGGGGCGGUGUGGGGGCUCAGCGUUCUCAAAUCCUGGGGGCCGGACCAUCCCAGAUCAAGGUCUCCGUGGGGCUGUGUUCCCUCUGCAAGUUCCAGGGACAGGUCCUUCCUGCCUCUCCCAGUUAAGUACUAGGACUAACCAGAAUUUAAGACAAAGUUUAACAUUUGUUUAUGUUAUUUAAAAAUAUGCUCAUUACAUUCUAAGAUUAAAAAAAUAACAUUUUUUAGAAAAA